AUGUCUUCUGCUGAAAUCAACAUUUUUUUAACUGAUACUACUGGUUAUGUUGGUGGAAGUAUUUUAACUUCACUUCUUCAACAUUCAAAUGCUUCAAACUUUCAUAUUACUGCUCUGACUCGUCGCGAUAAUGAACAAGUUAACAAAUUAGUAUCAAUCAAUGUUAUGCUUCUUAUUGGUUCAAAUAAUUCUUUCGAUCAUCAAAAAAGGGUGUGGGUGUGGUGA